AUGCUAAUGGAUAAGUAUGGCAACUCUACAUCUCUGUGCCCAGGUUUCCCAUCAGUAAAUGUGGGUGAUGGGCCUUUGCCCUCAUCAUUAGCUCCCUUGGCUGCUAUUGUCUGUCACUAACCAUUUUGGUGAUACAUUCUUUAGUGUUAAUAAUUUUUUUCUGCUACACUGGCUGGGCUCCCUUUGCAAGUCUGGUUAACUCUGUUAGUCUGCUCAGCCUGCUUGUACAAUACCAUAGACUGCAGGUGCACUUCAAAAACAGAGAUUUAUUUUUCACAGUUUUGGAGACCACAAAGUCCAAGAUCAAGGUACCAGCUAAUUCAGUUCCUACUGAGGGCUUGCUUUCUGACUUACCACCUUGUCACUGUCUUCUCAUAUGGCUGUUCUUAUAAGGAUGCUAAUCCCAUCAUAAGGGUCCUACCCUCAUGACCUCCCAAAGACUACAUCUCCCAAGUACAAUCACAUUGGGCUUCAGCAUUCAGAGGCACACAAAGUCCAUGGCAUUUGUCUCUGCUUUGCUGUCUCCUAUCUAAGUUGACUAUUGAUGGGUAGUGUCACAAGCUAACAGGUGUUUCCAGUCUCUUGUGGGCCUUCCACUGGUGCCUUUCUGCACCUCUCUAGUUCUUUUUAUCUCCUUACACCCUGUCAAGUUCCCAACAAUAGCUAUCUCAAAUUUCAUUCCAUUCUCUCUUUUAUUCUUCAUAGUAGCCCUCUUGCAUUCAGCAGACAACUUUAAUUCUUAGUUUACUGAGAUGACACAGGCUGUAGAGCAAGGGCCCCCAUAAUGCCCUUUCUAUCUCAGGAAGAGGUGGUAUUCUUUUCUAAGGCAAACUCCUCUAUCUGAUUACUCUUCUGCCCCCUAAAUGUAGUUCCUGCCAAGUUCUAUUUUAGAGCCUCUUCUCUGCGUGAGCAUCUGCCACCUUUUUGAGGUCCAUCAAAUCUCACCAGGCUGUUGAGGGGACUUUGGUAAUUCCUUAUUGAGCAUUCACUCUAUGAAGUGCACGAUGCAUGCGGGUGCAGAGAUGAAGAGUCCCCGUCUACCCCCACAACAGUUACACAGAACUGUAGAUGAUGCAUUGAAGUAAAGAGUAUUGUAGCUUCCUGUAGUUUCAGAAGAGCAUGAUCCACACCUGAAGGUAGAAGGGAAAGGAGAUAUACCUAUCAUUCCACUAUACUUUGCUAAAGUAUACUCACUGCUAAGGUAUACUUCUGUUUUCCCAUAAACGUGCAAAUUUACUCCAUUCUUUUAAAGGUGUCACAGUAUUUCUAUGUAUAUUUAGGCAAGUCUAUAUCAAUGGACAGUUAAGUUUUAUUAUCUUUCGCUGUUAUGAACUGUGGUGAACUCCCCUGAACAUGUAUCGUUUGAAUACAACUGCAGUAUUUUGCAGUAUGCAAUCCCAGAAACGUUACUGUGAGUCAAUAACCUGUGCGUGCUUUGCCAAAUGUCUGCUCCAAGAUGGUUGGACGUGGUGCAUUCACAGCAGGUUGGGAUGUAAAACGUCGGGCCUGGAGCAGUCCUGGCCUCCAGGCACCAGGUGGCGCUGUGGGCGCGUCUCCGCGGAAGCGGCAAGGGCCGCACUGGCCAACUUCCGGCGACAGCGGAGGAGGCGCAGCCAGGCCGAAGCGCAAUCCCGGGCGGGCAGUGGGGAGAGAUGCCGUAUGCUAACCAGCCCACCGUGCGAAUCACGGAGCUCACCGACGAGAAUGUCAAGUUCAUCAUCGAGAAUACGGACCUGGCGGUGGCCAAUUCUAUUCGGAGGGUCUUCAUCGCUGAGGUGCCCAUAAUAGCCAUUGACUGGGUUCAGAUUGAUGCUAACUCCUCGGUCCUUCAUGAUGAGUUCAUCGCUCACCGUCUUGGAUUAAUCCCACUCACAAGUGAUGACAUUGUGGACAAGCUGCAGUACUCCCGGGACUGUACGUGUGAAGAGUUCUGCCCCGAGUGCUCCGUGGAGUUCACUCUCGAUGUGCGGUGCAAUGAAGACCAGACUCGUCACGUCACCUCUCGAGACCUCAUCUCCAACAGCCCCCGGGUCAUUCCAGUGACGUCCCGGAACCGAGAUAAUGACCCCAAUGACUAUGUGGAGCAGGACGACAUCCUCAUCGUCAAGCUGAGAAAAGGCCAGGAGCUGAGGCUUCGUGCCUAUGCCAAAAAGGGCUUUGGCAAGGAACAUGCCAAGUGGAACCCCACUGCCGGGGUGGCUUUUGAAUACGAUCCUGACAAUGCCCUGAGGCACACAGUGUACCCCAAGCCGGAGGAAUGGCCAAAGAGUGAGUACUCCGAGCUGGAUGAGGAUGAGUCACAGGCUCCCUAUGACCCCAAUGGCAAGCCAGAGAGGUUUUACUACAACGUGGAGUCCUGUGGCUCUCUGCGCCCGGAGACCAUUGUCCUCUCAGCCCUCUCCGGAUUGAAGAAGAAGCUGAGUGACUUACAGACCCAGCUAAGCCACGAGAUCCAGAGUGAUGUCCUAACCAUAAACUAGCUGCAGCUCACCUGCAGUAGCAAAAAGGGAUCUGAGCCAGCAGCUGGAUUUCAGAUUUCCUGAGGUUCUAGUUUCUGGGGUCUGGAUAGUUGCUGCUCAAGCUUCUUGGUAAAGCCAUCAAUACCAACGAGAAGGCAGCAGUGGGAAGAGUGAGCCCAUCCCAGCCUUGCUUAGCCGCAGACAGAGUCCCAGGGGGCCACUGAUAUUUGAGGCAGGAGUCUUUUGAGCACCACUGGCCCUGCCUGCUACUUGCCAGUAGCACUUCCCUUAACCCUACCCUGUUUCCUUAGUGUGCCGAUGGGCCGGGUCAUAACUGCUCUGUUGAGAGCCACUGAGCUGGACUCCCCUCCUCUCUGGUCAUCUCAGCUGUGCACAUCAAACCCUUUCUGACCAAAAGUUGGGAUUUUCAGUUGUACCUUAGGUGUCUGCUGUUCAGGUUGAGAGCUACACUCCUUCUUCAGGUUGCCUACAAACUCUUUCAGUCCCUGUAGUGGCAUGUAGUGGGACUUCAAAUUGCCAAGUGAAUUUAAUUGGAGAACCCUUUGAGAAUAGUGUUAGAUCCUGACUGCCCCCAGCCCCAUAUAAACUAUUUCAUUCUCUAUCCAUCAGUUAGGAACUUCAUUGCCAGUAGCCCAAUUAUUUAGUUCAGAGGGUUGGAGGGCAAGGUCUGUCCUUGACCCCUUUUCCCUGUAGGCCGGAACAUACCCAAAGCCAUAUUUGUGUACAGCCUGGCCAGAGAGGCCUGGAGAAAAGCAGAGAUCCAGUACAGAAAAGGAAGGGAUAUUUAUUAACAAAAGUUGUCUUUUUAAAAGUUUUUAUUUUUGGCAAUAAAGAGCACAACAUAAUCUC